CUCUUUUUAAUUUUCCUCCUCCCCUGGUUUUUAUUUACUUUAGCAAAAUCACACUGGGUAUCGAUUUCAAAGUCUUUGAUGUUAUACCGGAGACUCGGUUGAGGGUGCCUGAGCUUUAGGAAGGUUUCCUCAGGACACUGGGAGGAAAAUAAACCUCAGAAAAUAUGCUUGACAUUUUUUCUUUCCUCCUGAAAAGAACGUCUGUGGGUCGGGCUCCGUUCUGGUCACGGGAGCGCAAACAGUGGAGUGAAGGCCAAAGCCCCUGCUUCUCAAGCCUCCACCGGCUAUGGUCCUGGCCCGUGAGUGAUUUAUCUCCAGCUGCACUGGCGGCUUUCCCAGGGUUUCCAUCCUCAGCUGAACUUACUGAGGGAGGCCCUAAGCCUGCAGGCUCCAGGGGAUCCGAGAAGUCAGCGAGACUGGGGCUUCCCAAGCCGUACUGUGCACAUGGAUUCCCUGGGGAGCUUUCUCCAGCCCUAGCGCUGGGGCUUGUGAACCCAGGAUCUCUGGACGUGGACCCAGGAUCUCUGGACGUGGACCCAGGCAUCUUUUACCAGAAAUGCAGCGUGGUGGCCAGUCCAUACUCUGAAUUCGUGGUGAACCGACCAGCACCUGCAUGUGGAAGGAGGGACAUCACUGAUCCAAUGGACCCAAGUCACCAGCCGUCAACCUGGCCCCUCUCGCUGCUCUGGUGCUGGGAGCUCCCACAAUCACACUCGUGCUUUAAAGGCCACAUGGAUAAUUUUCUUGUUCUAAAUCUGAGCUUAUUCAAAGAAAAAUGACUUUGGCUUGGCGUGUGAAAAAGGUCAGGUCAUUGCAUUGUUGGAAACGUGUACAUGCUUGCAAAGAACGGAGAAUUUUCUGAGCGUGUGGCUCCCUCAGCGCCUUUACCGUGAUUUGUUUCUCCCUUUGUGUGGAGUCCGGGUGAGUGUUUUUAAAAAGGCAUCUGGAAGCCUGAGCGUCCUGUCACCUGCAGGAGGGGGCGGGUCAGCUGGCCACUGCCGUCCAGGGGAGGGAUGUGUUUUUGACUAAAAUAUGAAAAGUUUCAACAUUCAUUCUAGAAUCUGCCAACACUCAUUAAUUUUUCCUUUCAUAAGCAAUUGUUUAAAAAGGAUUUUUAUUUUAUGUUCAUCUUAGUUUUCCCCUGACUUUUCAUUUGAAAAAAUUUUCAGCCACAGAAAACUGUGAGAAUAAUAACUGUCAAAUUCAUCACCAGUUAACAUUUUGCCACAUUUACUCUUAUCUCGAUAUAGAAACACAGACAUUGGUCCAAAAAAAAUCAGUAAUAUUUCCCUCAUUCUUUUCCUCUUGGUUCUUUUUUUUUCCCCUGGACUAUUUGAAAGUUGCACAUUUUGUGCAGGUAAGUCUGCACGUCUAUUCUAAGACAUGAACAUUCUCCUUUAUAAGAACAAAACCCUUAUCACACCAGUGAAUCUUAGAGGCACAUCUGGUCUCUCUCUGGGGCCAAUAUUCAGAUUUUGCCAGUUUUCCUAAUCCUGGCCUUUCCCUCUUGAUCCAGGGUCCAGAUAAGGCCAUCGCCUCCCCCGACUGCUGGGUCUUCUCUCCUGCCUCUCAUUUGAACCUUCUCCUACCCACCUUGCCUUUCCAGACGCUGGUAUUUUAAAGCGUUCAGGUUGUUCCUUUGGCAUUUGUGCGUGCAUGCUUAGUUUCUCAGUCGUGUCUGACUCUGUGAGCCCAUGGACUGUAGCCUGCCAGGCUCCUCUGUCCGUGGGAUUUCCCAGGUAAGAAUACUGGAGUGGGUUGCCAU